UCUAAACCUCCGCGCGAGUGCCCCGCGUUUGCCGUCACGCGGGAACGCACGACAACGGCGGCGGCAACGACGACGUCCUUACGCCUCGAGCGUAAUUACUGUCCGAAUAACGGCACCACCCCUGACAACACUCGCGGGGCGCAGAAAACAGAGAUGCCCCAUUUCAUGGUUGCUUUCUUUUUCCAAGACUGCUUAAGUUGACUCAUUCCCGAGAUUGUUAGUUUAUGGUCACAUUUAGGUUAACGACUUCAUUAGUUACAUUUCUCUUUUUCCUCCUACCGCCCGAUUCUUGUCCAAGACCGUGUAGCCGGCACGCGCCCUCGUCUGUGAUCAUCAUCAGCAACAGCAGCACUCUCUCCAAGGGCGACGCAGAACGAACGCGUGUUCCCUGCAGCCAUGAACAUUUUCGGUGGCGGCGAUGCAGCACAGCCCUUCGAAGUCGUCAAGGAGAGCUCGGGUCGAGGAAGAGGCAGAGUCCAGCUCAACGCCCAGGCGCCCAUCCUGGGAUCGUCCUGCACUGUGCCGCAGCAGCAAAAACCAGCAGCGACGACCCCGGUGUCACGGGGCUGCGGACCACCCUCGAACGCGCUUCCGCAACUCGACGCUGGGUGCUAUUGGCUACAGCACAGCGAAGCACAACGAGACUCCCAGAUGCAAAAGCGGCAACCCUUUUCGCAGCUCGAGGAAGAAUCUCUCGAGAGCGUCAAUACCAGUGUGUCCGCCCGCCGAGUGGGCAUUUCUAAACCAGCCCUACAGAUAUACAGGCCACAAGUCGUCCGGGCCGCAGAAGCUCGGAUGAAUGUUGGUACAUCCGACCUGAUGACAUCGGCACCCAUGACAUCGGCGACAGCUAACGGAGGAGGAGGCGUUUCCAACAGUUCCUCCUGGAAUGCUGCAUUCAGCAAGGCGUCGUUAACGGACAUGACGGGGUGCUUCAUGCGUUCCCCGUUGCCUUCGAGUGUUCCGGCUGAGACUGCGAUUACGCAGCAACGACAGCAAGCAGUAAAUGAUAUCACGGCUGCAGAGCAACCUAACUCUCGCUCCAGUCAAGAAAAAAGGGAUCCUGUGUCAACGACCAGUGAUAGACUUAGCAUCAUCGGGAAAGCUUUGACAGACCCGGACAGCCUGAACGCUCUUCAAAUGCAGUGGCUGGUGUUCAGCAUCUGCGAUGGAGUCACCAAAGACUCCAACAACGCGGCGUCCGCGGCUGCAUUCUGCACAUCGCUCAUCAAGAGGGGGCGCACCAGUGCGUUCCUUGACGCGCUUGUCGAGACGUGCAGCGAGUGGUUCAAGCGGCGCGAGCUGCUGCUGCCGCGGUGCACUGCACGUACGCCAGCGCCAAAUCCCGGAGGCAGCGGCCGCAGCUGGACGGCCUACGUUGCCUUCCUGGCCGAGCUGCUGGCGGCCGCGAGUGGAGCGCAAUCGUCGGCCGAGAACUCCGGGCGCAUCUUCUCCCUGGCGGCGCUGCUGUGCGAAUGUUGCCACAUCAUGCUCCGCUCGCCAGCGCAGGACGCCACCGCAGAGAUCCAGUGCCUCCGAUCUGUCUUCAUGACGGCCGGCAAGAGCGUCCAGCGAGCUGAUGCCCAGCUGUCGGCGGCGCUGGCCAAGUGUCUCCGGGACUCGUUCAUGGACAGCAGUCGCUCAGCGGAUGUUCGCCAGGCGCUGCUCGAGCUGAUCGAGUUCCGGGCUUCGGGAUGGAAGCUCGGGGCCGCUCAGCAGCGCUACUACUGUGCGCACGACGGCGGUGCUGCAGUCACCGACGGACACAGCGGCUGCUCCGGCGUAGCACCGUUGCAAUAAUUCUGUGGCUUUCGAUAGAAAGGAACAGAUAGCUUUCAGCUCUCUUCUGGUUUGUUGUUGCAUCGAGUUACUUCUGUCUUUCUUCUCUUUUACUUUUUUUUCUGCUAUUCUGAACGAGGCUCUCCCGUUUCUACAACUCCAUAAAUAUUUUCUUUAUUCAUAGGGGAUGUUGUGUAAGCAUGAAUAGGGAGAAUUUACAGUGGCAUAAUUGAAGGGGCUUGUGCAACUAGGCGUUUUAAUAUUUUUUUCUGUUUUUGCUGCCGCCAUCUUUGGAGAAUAAAAUAAAUAAGUAAACCUUU